CCCAAAGUCGCCAUCCUUUCCCUUCUUCACAUCCCUAAGACUCUCACAUCUUCGAUUAUUACUCUCUGCAAACAAUUUCCACCAUGGGAGAGUCAAGACAAGAACUCGUUGCUUGGUUGAACAACCUGCUCCAACUCAACAUCACAAAAGUCGAACAAUGCGGUACUGGAGCAGCGCUUUGCCAGAUCUUCGACAGCAUCUAUUACGAUGUACCGAUGUCGAGAGUCAAAUUCAAUGCGAACACCGAGUAUGCAUAUUUACAAAACUUCAAGAUAUUGCAGAACACAUUCGCCAAGCACCAGAUUGACCGACCCAUGCAUGUCGAACAGCUCGUGAAGUGCAAGAUGCAGGACAACUUGGAGUUUCUCCAGUGGACGAAGCGAUACUGGGACCAGUACUUCCCUGGUCAUGACUACGACCCGGUUGCCCGCCGCAAAGGACAGGCCGUUGGCGGUGGUCCCGGUGCUGGUGCCCGCGCACCUGCUGCACGAAGGGCGCCUGCUGCCAGCAACUCGGCGGCACCCAGGACACGAACUCCCCUCGGAGCCGGUGCAGGAGCUGCGGGUGGUGCUGCAGUUGCCGCUCUACGAGAGGAGAACAACGUACUGAAGGAGACCGUGACCGGCCUCGAGCGUGAACGCGAUUUCUACUUCAGCAAGCUCCGUGACAUUGAGCUCCUGAUCCAACAAGCCAUGGAGGCCGACCCAGAGCUAGAGAAGGACGAGGGACUGCUGAAGCAGAUCCAGACCAUACUAUACUCGACAGAAGAAGGAUUCGAGAUUCCCGCCGAGGGUGAGCAGGAGGAGGAGACAUUUUAAGCAAUAUUUGAUGUCAUUCUGCAUUUGAGCGUGGAUUGGGCCGGGAUACCCUAUAUUUCUCUGGGUUUCUUUGCUAUCGGACAGAUGAUUGAUGAAGCGUAUGCGGAUAAGGAUCUUGGGCGGCAAGUUGAUUGCUAUGGAUGGAGCUUAUUCGAGCAGUGGAAGUGCUCGUAGAAUCCAAGCCAGGCAUGGGCGAGCUCGCCGUCAGUUUUUUGACGUUGUCUGGCUUGGUCCUCUGUGCGCGGAAGUAAUAACAUGAUUUUCGUUCGACUAAGACACUGCUGUUAUUCCAAUGUAUUUCUUCUGAACUCCUUUACAAAGCCAUGGCAAUCGUGUGAUUGCUGCGCCGAGGAAUCUAAGCGACGUAACGGCAACGUCAAU